AUGAGCCCCAAGGCCUCGCAAAAGCGGAAGAAGAGUCCUUUGAGUGUCGUAGAUGCCAAGGCGGCUGUUGAUCUUGCGACCGCGCAGACGUACUCAGAAAACGUGUUUCUAUUCGUGCCCAACAUUAUUGGCUACGUGAGAGUUAUUCUCGCGGCCGUGUCUCUUCACUACAUGAGCUAUCACCCCAUCUACUCCAGUAUCUUGUAUGGCAUUUCAAGUAUACUUGAUGUUGCGGACGGCUAUGCUGCCCGUGCGCUGAACCAGUCGUCGAAAUUUGGUGCUGUCCUGGACAUGGUUACGGAUAGAUGUGCGACGUCAUGCCUACUGUGCUAUCUGGCUUCUGCAUAUCCGACCUAUGCUGUCUUGUUCCAGUUUCUCAUAGCACUGGAUUUUUCAAGCCAUUAUAUGCACAUGUAUAGUUCGAUAAUCACUGGCUCUUCUAGUCAUAAGCUGGUUACGAGUGAUGUCAGCCGAAUUCUUUGGCUUUACUAUAAUGAUAGGCGCACACUCUUCCUCGUCUGCGCUGGGAACGAGUUAUUUUACGUUGCACUUUAUCUUGUUAAAUGGAUUGACACUCCGAUAGUACCUUUGCUUCAUCCAAGCACUCCGUCUUUCCUUGUCGGAAUGACUUAUCAACAAAUGAUCGCAUGGCUGAGUGCUCCUGUUUGUAUUCUGAAGAACAUUAUCAAUCUAGUUCAGCUAUGGAAAGCAUCCAAAAUCCUUGUGGGUGUUGAUUUAGCGGAGAGGGCGAAGGCGAGACAGGAAAAGACGUCAUAAUAUUAUUCCGUUCUGCUGGAUUCUAGUCAUAUUUAUGUACUUUCAUCUCGAACAAUCUUCACACAUAUUUUUCAACCUUU